AGUCUAGGGCAGCGGGAGGCGUGCAGGGAGAGGGGCGGGGCUUUGCGCACGGACCUGCCCCUGCCAAUAAAAGAGGCCAGGAUUCUGGUAUCCCCAACUGCUGAGCAGGUGCAUCUCUUCUUUUCUAUUUGCUGCAGACCUCACUCCACUGCCACAUGAAUCCCAACUGUUCCUGCUGCGUUGGUGGCGCCUGCAGCUGCCAGAGCUCUUGCAAGUGCAAAGACUGCAAAUGUGGCUCCUGCAAGAAAAGCUGCUGCUCCUGCUGCCCUUCAGGCUGUUCCAAGUGUGCCCAGGGCUGUGUGUGCAAAGGGGCAUCAGAAAAGUGCAGCUGCUGUCCCUGACCUGAGAUGAGGGAGCGCAUGGGCCCCUGAUGUAAAUAGAACAUUCACGUGUGUGAGCUUCUCCUUUGCUACCCACCCCCUUUUUGUACUAUGAACUAUGUGAUUGAAAAUAAAUUCAUUGACUGGA